AAACCCAUCCUAGUCCUCGCGUUUCCUCCUCAUUUCUCUCCUCUCCUCCUCUCAUCAGAUCAGAUCAGAUCUCAAAACAAAACAACUUUCCUGAAACGAUGCCGUAUAACACGCGCGGAGCAGAUGCUGACGUGGACGAUUUCGACGAGUACGAUCCGACGCCGUAUGGGGGAGGCUACGACCAAGUACUCACCUACGGGCGUCCUCUCGAGCCGACCGAUGAGACCUGCUAUCCCUCUUCAUCCUCACAGUCCGAUGAGUUCGACUACGAUCGCCCCCAAUACUCCUCUCAUUCUGAGCCCUCUGCUUACGGUGAUGAGGCUCUUCAAACCGAGUACAGCAGCUAUGCCCGACCCAAGCCCCGACCCGGAGCCGUGCCCGGUUACUCUCCUGGUCCGCCCGAAUCGGGUUAUGGGGUCCCUCCUGGUGUGAAUAGGCCUGGUUAUGGGUCUGAGAGACCUGGGUCUGAAUAUCAAUCCGGGUAUGGGCAGCGACCCGGAUCUGAAUUUGGAUCUGGGCAUGGUCGGAAGAGUGAGUAUGAGCAGCCAGAACCGGAAUACGGUUCUGGGUAUGGACGGAAAAGUGAGUUUGAACAGACCGGGUCUGGGUAUGGGCGGAGGCCGGAGUCUGAGGAGCCUGGAUCGGAAUACGGGUCUGGGUAUCGCCGGAAGCCGGAGACUGAGGAGCCUGUAUCGGAAUACGGAUCCGGGUAUGGGAGAAAGACUGAGUAUGAGACUGCUGGAUCGGAAUUUGGAUCUGGGUAUGGCCGGAAACCAGAGUACGAAACACCCGGAUCGGAAUUCGGAUCCGGGUAUGGUAAGAAACCCGGGUACGAGGCUGCCGGAUCGGAGUAUGGUAGGAAACCCGAGUAUGAGACACCUGGGUCGGAGUAUGGAUCCGGGUACGGGCGGAAACCCGGGUAUGGGGAGGAACAAGAGGGGGGCGGUGGAUAUGGGUAUGGGGGGAGGACUGAGACGACUGAGUUUGAGAAGCCGAGUUACGGGGAUGAGCCGCCUCGGAGGCCAGCAGGUUAUGGGAGGCCAAGUUAUGAGGGGCAAGAGGGUUAUGAGAGGCCUAGCUAUGGGAGGUCUGAGGAAGAGGAGAGCUAUGAGAAGCCUAAGUAUGGUAGGUCUGAGGAAGAGGGGAGCUAUGAGAAGCCCAAGUAUGGUAGGUCUGAGGAAGAGGGGAGCUAUGGGAAGCCCAAGUAUGGUAGGUCUGAGGAAGAGGGGAGCUAUGGGAAGCCCAAGUAUGGGAGUUCUGAGGAAGAGGGGAGCUAUGGGAAGCCUAAGUAUGGGAGGUCUGAGGAAGAGGAGAGCUAUGAGAAGCCCAAGUAUGGGGGCUAUGGUGAGGAGAGUGAAGAGGGCUAUGGCCGCAAGAAAUAUGGAGAUGAUGGCUCUGGUGAUGAUGAUGAUGAGGAGAAGAAGCACCACCGUUAUAAGCAUCACCACCACCGCAAGAGCCAUGAUGAUGAGUGAAUGGAAUGCUGGUGUUGCCCUGUGAAUGGGAUUCAUGCCAUAAUUAGCUACUAAAUAAAGGGUUGAGGCAUGUUUUUCUGUGAGUCUUUUGAGUGGUAUUGUCCUAUUGGAAUGGUGUAAGUUUAUUAUGAUGUCUGAGUAAGACAUAUUUGGAUGUAUAAGCUCAAGUAUGUCUCAUUGUGUGAUUCUAAAUAAAAUCCCAGAUAUUUGGGUUGGUGUGGUUGGUCACAUUCAUAUCGUUUAACAAAUUCAUGAUAACUAUAAAUGAGUAGUACAUAUUUAAAAUCGUA